CCCCCUGAACAACCGCUCCCACCACCAUGAGGGUUCUCCUCAAGCUGAACCAGCGGACGGCAGCGGUCGACAACAUCAGCGUGGACGACAAAUGCUACCCGCUGGUGGGCGGGGUCCACCCUUACUCGGAGGGUGGCGGGCAGGCAGAGGACUCACCCCUGACCAACAAGCCGGCCGUGUGGUUCAAAACCCUGGCUCUGGACGCUGUGUACAUAGACUGUAACAGGAGACACAUCUUCUGGACGCCCGUCGAACAAAUGGUGGAAGCCGAGGGCGUGGACGGGGUGCAGAUGAGGCGCAAGUCUUCAGCCUGCAGCGACAUGCCUCGUGGCGUCCCUGACCUUGAGUUUGUGUCAAACUCUGCCCGGCCGCUGGUCGACGACAGCUCCCUCUACGACUUUGACCCUUCCUACAACGAGAUGAUGAACAAAUGUUUCGACUUGACGGAUCGCUACUUCCGCAAGUCUCUGUCCGGGUCGGCGUUUCGCGCCGCUCUGGCGAUGCUGCUGCACGUGUACAUUCUGCCGUCGGUGAACUUCCGGUUGGAAGACGUCUACAGCCUGACCCGCUGCCAGAGCCUCAUUGAGGAGAGGAUGGCCAAAGCGGAGCAGACGAUCAUGGUUCACGCUCAGAGUCUGGACAUGCUCACCAAAUGUCUGACCACCCUCAAGGGAAACAUUCUCCACCGCGAGCGAGUGGACAGCGAGAAGUACCUGGAGAAGUGCGACCGAGAGUUCCUCAAUGUGUUCCUGCACAAAGUGGAGGAAGACGUUCAGAACGUGAACUUUCAGCUGGAAGCCGAGCAGAGCAAGGUCAACUGGGCCAAAGGUCAUAACGAGAGCAAGGCCAAACUCAAGCAGCUGGCGCACCGCCGGAACGAACUAUUUUCCGAAGUUCAGCCUCUGAUCGCUGCCCGCGAGGCCAUCAAAAACGUGAUUCAGAGGCGGAAUCUGUCCAAGACGAGAAAGAAGAAGGUGGGUGUGGUGGCCAACUGUUUCCACAGUGUAUUCGUGGAGCUGGUGCGCCGCAUCAAGGGGGAAGAAACCAGUCUGGGAACAGUCGUGUCGGUCAAGGUCAACAUUGUCGGGGCCCGCGAGGCCACCAUCAAAGCCAUUCGAGAUCUGGACAACAACAAUCGCAACUCUGAGCGAACUACGCGGUUCGAGCCGGACGACUUUGUGGACUAUCACCUCAAUGGGCGCACACUGGUUGAGAAAUCUGACUCGUGGUUGUCGUUUGACGAACGUGUGGGCCGGGUGAUGGCCUCCCCUCACUCCAACGCCGCCAAGAUCCACACACAAGGCUGCGAGAACCUCCGCAGGAAAGUGGACAUGGCGCUGAGCGAGUUUCAUCUGAGCGUGGGAAUAGUGGAGGGCAAAGACGCAGACACAUGUGCAGAUACGCCUUCUGGUUCGGCUGAUUCGCAGUCCUCUCCCGACACUGUCUCAGUCUUACUGCGGCCGAAGAACUUAAGCGUGGUCGACAGAGAGAGACGGAGUGGUUCUGUUUUUGAUCAGAAGUCGAUCGUAUCGCCGGAAGACGCGGUGGUAAACAAUGUGGAUUCUUCUUCUUCUGACCACUCCUCCUGUAACGAUAGUCAACCCCCGCUUGUCGAGGCAGCUGCGGAGACGUCAUUACCUCCCCCUGCUGAAGGCACGGACGAGGAGAAGGGAGCGCCUGGCGGAGACUUGGGGCGAGCGUCUGUUCACUCCACGCCGGCCUUGAACUUUGCGGACGAUCACUUCAUCGAGUCUGCUUCAGGACAGGAGGAGAAGAUCCUGCGACCACUUCACAGAGACAGGGGACGGGGAAACGUCGCCACGACGACGACAGGAAGUUACACGCCGCAGGCAGCACUGAGCAGGUCGUACGACAUCCUCAUGAAGGACAUUGAGAAACUGAAGGGCGAGAUCAAGAUGCACUUCCGGGAGGUGACGGAGAGCCUGGGGGCUGAGCUGGAGGGCACGACCCCUUUCCCCGGCCGGGAGAACGAGCAGAGGGAGCAGCUGUGGAGGACUUACGAGAAGUUCUUUUGUGAGGAGAUGUUGUCGGACCUGCUGGCUCUGUACGCCGAGGCGCUGGCUCCGUGCAGCCAGGAGGCAUACCGAGCUCUGAGCUCCAUGUCACUCUUCAGUCUCAUCGGGGCUGACAAGAUGCUGGACGCUCUAUUUGGCGAGGGCAGCUCCUCCGCCAUGGCGUGCCAGAACGUGCCGGCUCCCGAGGGAGAGGACUGUGAGCGAAUCUCCAUGGCGCGGACUCUGUCGUGCCUGAGCGUGGACAUGAAGCACUGCUCCAUCGGCGACCUCUACUCCCUUGCCAACGCCGACAGCAACGAUCUGACCCGCAGGUUUAAUCUCGACAAAUCGGCCGAUGGGAUUUCUUCGUCCUCGAGUUCGUCCGAGUCCGGGGUGGGUUCGCGUGUCUCAGACCCGAGGGACGAUGAAACGAUUGCCGGGUUUUCUGAUUCCCUGGAGAAGUCUUCCAACUUGAGCAAACGGCUCUCGGCAUCCUGUUCUAACAUCAGGCUGGACGUGGAAGCCGGGGACGCAGAAUACUCCGCUUCUCCGCCCCGUCGAGAAUCACACAGCUCUGAGAACCUCGCCGCUGGGGUCCGGUCGCCGGAGGUCGUGGAGUCACCAGAACGGACCUCCCAACGGGACAAAGGCGUGCAGUUCCUCGACACCUUCCUCGGACUGUUCCGGAAGCAGAUCAAGAAAUGCCUGGACUCAAACGGCUUCCUGGACAAAGUACGGUACAUCACGCGUGCAGUGGAGGAGAUGAAUUGGCACAUGUCGCAAGUGUACGGGCCGGACCAUCAGUCGGUGUGCGAUGACAUCAUCACUAUGUUGGUCCUGGCACUGAGCAACAUGCCGGAGGAUCUGUUCAUCGGCCUCUUCGUGAACUUGCGUCUGCUGGUGGAUGUGCUGCCCCCGUUCCUCAACGGCACGCUGUGGGACUACAACCUCGUCUGUCUCUACGCCUCCUACGACUUCCUGUUCAGCAAGAAGGUUUGCGAGAGCGUGGACAGGAAGUACCCUGGCAGCAUCAAGGUCAAGCUGUCCGUCUAGCCAGCUGUGUGAGUUGGGGCCGUACAAGAGUAUCGAGCUUGCUGGCAGCUAGCUGGAAGUUCAGCGAAACGCGCCCGGUGGUCCAGAGGGUGCAAUCAUGUACAUAAAUUGUGUGCCGCAUUUCCUGUGAAAAAACAUUCCUUUCUACUUUUAUGACGACCCAUGCCAGUUCUUUCAGAGGCUGCUAUGGAUGAAAAACUUACAUGAUUCGUUGUGGCCAGUUAAGUACUAAGUGUGAUGUUUCAAGGCUUUCUCUUCCCCACAUUUUGUCCCUUCUGUCUCUCUCUGUCUCUCUUUGUCUCUCUCUGUCUCUCUCUCUCUCUCUCUCUCUCACUCAUCAUAUUUCCUCCAGCCAUCUGUGUCCUCCUCAGUUCACCCCCCCCCCACCUCAUGCAAGCUAUUUUGAUUUUAUUUAACCCCCCACCCCCAUACUCCCAACCAUCUACUUCUACCCACAUCAGGCUAAGGCCAAGGCCUAUCAAACCCCCACCCCCACCCUCUACCCCUUUGCCUUGAACUGUUCAGCCUGUCUGGGCAAGAUGCAGGAUAAAGAAAUAUAUUUCUACUGGAGUUCUAUGCUUAGAAAAAUCCCCCAGAAAACCUUCUUGCCGUGAGCUGCUCCUGUGUUAUGAUGAUAUAUACAUCUCUAUUGACUAUUUACGACGAGACUUCUCAUCGUGUGCUUGCCGUGAGCUGCUCCUGUGUUAUGAUGAUAUCUCUAUUGACUAUUUACGACGUGACUUCUCAUCGUGUGCUUGCUGUGUUCUGUUUCUGUUUGUGAAAGCCCAGCUGUUUGUAGAAUGUUCUCAGCAAGCUCUUCAAAUGUUCUAUGCUCAGAGAGCAACAUUUUACAGGAGAGAGAAAAAUCUCUUCCUUUUUUUUUUCUAAAAUGUUGAACUCAUGUUAUGUAGAUCUAUCUAUUUUUGCUUUUUGCAACAUUUAGAAUUUGAAUUUUGAAAAACGUUAUUUCUUGAGUACUUCUGAUACCAUAGUUUAAGAUCUAAGAAACUGCAGUUUGAAAAAAAAAAUCACAAUCUUGGGCUUAGUGCACCUGAACGGAUGGCCAAUGAUAUCUCAUUGAAAACUUUCUGUGGAAGUGGUUCGUCUGUCUGCUUUGUGGCCAAUGUUAUGUCUCAUUGAAAACGUUCUGUGGAAGUGGUUCGUCUGUCUGCUUUGUGGCCAAUGUUAUAUCUCAUUGAAAACUUUCUGUGGACGUGGUUUGUUUGUAUAAUUCUUUGUGGCCAAAUGCUGCCUGUGUUUGAUCCAUUGCUCAAGUCCCGUGCCAAGUAGAGGAAUGUCAAUUAGCAUCUGUUGAUCAAAAGCUUUGUUGACUGUUGUUUUUGUACGAAAGGCUCAUCAUGCAAGACUUGACAAGUACUCUGAUGGAAUUGGAGACCUCUGGUUAUAUUUUUGCCCGAUCUAGAACCCCAAUUGGAUUUGUAUUAAGUCCGAUUUUAUUAUUUUUUUCUUAGAUUCCGUAUCCAUCGAUGGUACACAACUAGGUAAAUGAUGGGAAAAUACGUAUUUGUAUUUUCGUGUACGGUAUUUGCAAUGCACAUUUAUUUGCAUGGUUUAUGUAAAUGAUGGGAAAAUUAAAUACACAUUUGUGUUUUCGUGUACGGUAUUCGAAAUGCACAUUUAUUUGCAUUGUUAUGUAAAUGAUGGCAAAAUAACCGUUUGUAUAUUCGUGUAUUUGCAAUACACAGAUGUAUUUGCCAUGGUUAAUCUACUGGGGUUCUGGAGACUGCUGAUAUUUUCCACCACAAACUCCGACGACUUUUAGGGAGGAUUGUGAGGAGAACUCCUGUAUUUGGUGAUGGAGGGGUUGGCAGGUCUGCCUCUCUGUUGGGACGUGUUCAUCUGUGAUGCGUGGGGGUUUGAGGCUUUGCCGUUUGCAUGGAGAAGACCUGAAUUUGAAUUGUGUAUGCGGAGGAUUUUUAUCGAGCAGCUCAAGUCUUUCGGCUGGGAUUGUCCCUGAAAGGCAGAGUCCAAGCCCACCACCUAAAACUACUAAAAGAUCUAAAUUGUGUUGAUGGGGGUGUAAAAACAGCUACAUUAAAAAGACCUAUAUUCUGAGCUGCCGAGGUCGGCCCUGACAGGCAAAGUGUAAACGGCUUAUCCUUUCACUUUGUGAGUGACCUAGAUUGUGGUGAAAGAGGUGCAAAAUGUUUGCAAGAAGAAGUUACCAAAGCAUCAGGUGUUAUGGUAUAAUUUGUCAACGUGCUGGUGGUGUGGCUGAGACAGGAUGAUGGCGUGGGUUGUAUGUGUGGGAGAAAUUUGCUUUGUUUGCUCUGUCGUAUACACAUGCAUGAAUUUGAUUCCACGUUUGGAUUUCUCUGUUGACAUCCACCCCUUGGCAGAACUUAAGAGCGCCGUAAAACCUCACUAAAACAAACACUUACAUGAUUUAGAUCGUCGCUUUGCUGAAAUUUGUGACGUGUUGUUUUUUAUCUGUUGUGCACUCAUACUUGACAUGCUUGGUUUUGUGUGUGUCAUUUUGUGACAUCAUCUCUUGUCUAGUUUACCAUGAGUUGUCUUGUUUUCCAGGAACUGUUGUGAUAAGAUAAGGUAGGAUAAGAUAAAGUCUGAAGAUAAAAUAAGAUAA